AUGUCUACCCCUCAAUUCUGGUCGACUCCCCUCCGCUACCUGCGCUGGGCCUCCCACGAGAAGCCUGCCAUCUUCUGGUCUAUCGCUAUCGGUGCAGCCGGUCCCGUCGCGCUCGUCGGCCUUCCCCCGAUCCGCCGCGCUCUCGGUGACGUCGACCCCGAGCCUAUCCCCAUGUCCUACCCCAGUAAGGCCGACCACGACCCUUUGAACCCGAAAUUGAAUCUUCCGAGCGGCCCGCGGAAGAUCCCUCAGGGCUACGAGGACCAAUAA